CGUGGUGUCUCAGCGCACGGAAAGAUUUUCGUUGUGGAGCUGAGAGAUCGAACGCCAAAUCAUGGGAGUUGAAAAGGAGACAAUCAAAGAGGGUGGUGGAGCUUCUCCUAAGACAGGGCAGACAGUCGUUGUCCAUUACACUGGAACGCUAACAGACGGCAAAAAGUUCGAUUCUUCAAGAGAUAAAGGGAGACCUUUUCGCUUCAAGCUCGGUACGGGCCAAGUCAUAAAAGGUUGGGAUGAAGGUGUAGCAAAGAUGAAAGUAGGCGAACGAGCAAAACUGACUUGCUCACCUGAUUAUGGUUAUGGGCCCCAGGGCUACCCUGGUGUUAUCCCUCCCAAUGCCACUUUGGUGUUUGAUGUGGAGCUGCUCGGUAUUGAAUGAGGGGUCGAUGAGCAUUUCCAUCACAAUUUCUUUUCUUUUUUGUCAUAGCUCACUCUAAGAAUCAAUAUUGUAUUCAUUUGGAUUAGUUAGGUUAGAUCAAUUGAUGGGAUCAUAUAAUAACUCACGUGCAAGACGUGCUGCCCUCAAGUGAUCAUUCCAUUGUUAAUUCAAUUUUUUUUUUUGUAAUUUGAAAUUAUGUAACAGUGUUUUUUGUGAUUUUUGAAUAAAGGCAAGCUCUGGUAAUCAAAACUGUGAAUGAAA